GAUGAAUGUUUCUCCAGCAGAUCUUCUCUUCAGCUUAAAUACAUUUUAAAGAGUUGGUAAUUUCGGUGAAAUGGAGGAGGUAGAUGUGGAGCCGAAUAUCACUUUGAUCCCUGGAGUGGAUUUCAGACACAAACAUCUGGGAUUUGUGUGGGGCCCUGGAGAUAUCGUGGUCUAUGAGACAAACUACACAGAAAAAGGUGGAGGACCUGGAGGGUCUGGUCGGCCCGCCAUACAUGUGGUGAGAAAAGACGAGGAUAUAUACUCCCCAAUCUUACGCAAACUUUUCAAUGAGUCCCAUCACAUCUUUGUGGAUCUACAGAGGAUUAAAAAGGAUCUACCCAGCAAGAACAAGAAACCACAAUUUGUCAGCAUAAGCAAGAACUACAGGUCUGUGAUAAGGGCUUGUAUGGAAGAGCUCCAGCAGAUUGCAGUGUCAACGCAGGACGAUUCGUUAUCUACACAGUAUGGCAACCAGAUUUCCAUUUUGCUUGCUGUGGAGCUCAUUUGGAACCUGUGUGAGGUGCUUUUCAUUGAUGCCGCACCAGCCGGCACACUACUGCUUCACCUGCUGGACUGGGUGCGGCUGCAUAAGGUGGAUGUGGAUGUCAAAGCCAGGGAGAUUCUUCAGAGCGAUAGCCCCACAAAACAUCCAGCCUACUGGGAUCUGGUAAUCAGUUUUGUGCUCCAGGGAAGAAUGGACGAGGCCAGGCAGGUGUUAAUGAAGCAGGCAUCUUUACAGCCUGCUGCCAGACCCAUGUUUAGUCUUAUGGACAACCUGCUACACAAAAUGCCUAUAUUUAAUCCCGGCGGGACUCAGACGCUGACAGAGUUCGACGUUAAAUGGAGACACUGGCACGAGGAGUGCGAUCGCUGUCUCCAGGACAGCUCAUUCGCUAGCAACAGUCACCUAGAGACAAUCUGCAAGAUUCUGGUUGGGGAUGAAGACACGCUGCUGGAACAGAAGGAACUGUUGAGUACCUGGUACCAUUUCCUGGUAACCAGACUGCUCUAUACUCACCCCACGGUUAAACCCACUGAUCUUCAUCACUACGCCCAGUCGUGCAUGCACAUGUUUCUGGGCACACGGAAUGCUCUGGAACCCCUUGACAGCAUCUUACUGGCUGCUUUUGAGUUUGACCUUCACCAAGUCAUCAAAGACUGCAGCAUUGCUCUCAACAACUGGUGGUUUGUGGCCCAUUUGACAGACCUUUUGGACCACUGCAAAUUACUGCAGUCUCACAAUCUGCAUUUUGGUUCCAACCUGAGGGAGUUUUUGGUGCUAGAGUACGCCUCUGGACUCUUCACACAUCACAGUCUCUGGCAGCUGGCAGUGGAUUACUUUGACCACUGUCCUGAGUUUGGGCGUGUGUAUUUGGAGCUGCAAAUCGAGCGAGUGCCGUUAGACACGGAACGCAAAGCGCUCAAAGUACUGCGAAUCUGUGAGCAGCGACAAAUGACCGAACAAGUGCGGAGUAUCUGUAAGAUCAUGGCUAAGAGAGCUCUGAGGAACAGCCGGCUAGGUUCUGCUCUCUCCUGGAGUAUCAGAGCAAAAGACGCAGCGUUCGCAACACUCAUCUCAGAGAGGUUUCUGCAGGAUUACUGCACGCGAGGUUCCUUCUCCGACCUGGACCUCAUCGACAACCUGGGACCCGCCAUGCUACUCAGUGACAGACUCACUUUCUUAGGAAAGUACCGCGAGUUCCACAAGCUUUAUGGAGAGAAACAGUUCACUGAAGCGGCAAAACUUCUCCUGUCUCUGAUGACAGCCAAAAUCGCCCCCCGCAGUUUCUGGAUGACCCUGCUGACUGACGCCUUGCCUUUACUGGAACAGAAAGAGGUGAUCUUCUCAGCAGAGCAGACACAUGAGUUAAUGUUCUGUCUAGAGGAGCUGACCUCAGAGAAGUGCGACCCCAACCCUGAUCAACCAAUGCAGGAUGAAGAGGUGGAGUCCACAAAGAUUGAACUGUUGCGACUGGCGCUGGCCCGUAACCUAGCCAACGCCAUCGUGAAAGAAGGGACGGUGGAAGCCUGAAAAAAAAAGUCUCCUACAUUCUAAAAAUCUCCUUUUU